UCCGCCUCUUCUCUCAUUCGCUACUCGUUCGGAGAGCAAAACAAAAUAAGAAAUACAUAUAUCUCGAGGGUGAAUAGGAAAUUGUUCCUGUAACGAUUCGCGCCAAUUCCCCGCGUUAUAAUAAAAAACAAAACAUGAAAACGGGACUAAUUUGGGGAUAAGUCCCAGAAACCAUCGAAGAAUUGGUCGCGUGCCUCCACCAUUUUGUUUUUCCUCACCCGCGUGUUUUUUGUUUGUGUGCGUGCGUUGGUGUAAAGCCGUCCCCAGAAUGCCUGUAAAAAAUGCAAAACCGAACUUAAGACAGACUUUUCGCAGUUCGGAUUAGUAAACCAUGGAGCGGGCUUCAGCAGAAGAAGAGGCCUCCCACAGUGAAGCACGUCAAGAGAUAUUAGACAUCGCCAGGAAUCGCACGGGGACCCAAGUGGCAAAGUGCAUCCUUGCAUAUGAUGAGCACCAGGACCUCGCCUCGCUCAUAGUCUUGCUCGAAGAGCUCUCGAAGAAUACCGACUACUCUACGGACCUUAGGAUAUCACUGAGAUAUUAUAUAAAGGAGUUGCUGCGCCACUGUUUAAGCAACGAGGAUGUCUCUCGACGAUCAGCCAUCGUGGCCGCAGGAAGUGCCCUUCAAUACUGCGGAAAGAUCUAUGGAGACCGCGUGGAGUACAUGUACCAGGUGGUGGAGCACCAGAUCGAAGCAUUGCUUACAUCGGAGCCGCAGAAGGAGACGCCCAGCGGAAGUGAUGGACCGCAAAACAACAUCCCCAAACCGGAGGAGCCGCGUAAACGUCGCGCCAAGAAGCUCACUAAGAAGGAAGUAGAUCCGUAUUUGCUCACAGUUGAACCGCGAAAAUUUAAGACCAUGUCGGACGAAAAACGAUUUAACCUGACAGGCUUUGUGAAGUGCACGAGGAAUCGGACGAUAGAGUAUCUUUAUCAGGAUCACACACCGCCCAACCUAUGGAGACACGCCCCUAUUGUGGAUCCCCACAAUCCCUAUGACCAGGAUGAAAAGAAGCAGUAUAAGAUGUUUACGUAUCAUGUCGAACAUAGAUAUAACACCCUGCUGCCAGAUAUUCCAUUCGAGCGGCUGAGUCUAAUCAAGGAAUAUGUACACACGAACCAGGUGAACACCGGGGAGAUACUCAACGAGCACAUGACGACCAAGGAUUACCUGGACGAGUACAUUGCGCUGGAAAAUCAAAUGUUGGCCGCACGCUAUGGAGCCACCGUCAGGACGAGAAGGAGGAUGGAUGAAACUGCGAAAAGAACGCUAGAGGAGACGGAAGAUUCUGAGCUUGCCAAAAAAGUGCGACUGGACGAAAAUCAGCCUAUGGUUACGGAUGAAGCUGGACCCCUCGAUUCUAUAGACGUGGAUCAAGUGGCGAUGGCGGCAAAUGAACAAUCCCUGGUCUCAGGCGAGGCUUUAAAAAAUCAAAUAUCAGUGGAUUCUGGCCUGGGUGAAUCAAUCAAUACCAGCCAGCAAGACAGCACCAUAAAUACCACACUAGACGUCAGUCAGGUGGAGAAUUCAACAUUAGACGCGAGCCGAGUAGAGGACUCCGGCUUAAGCGAAAGUCAAGUGGAGGUUUCGUCCUUAAGCCAGGUGGAUAACUCCUUAAGCGUUAGCCAAGUAGAGAAUCCACCGCUAAGCAGUACAUUAGCCAUCAACGAAUCCAGUGUCCUGGAUAGCACGAGACUCGACUUGCCCCCUGCUAAAGAUGACUCCCUCCAGGAUAUGUCGCAAUUCGAUUUCGGAAUCGGUAUGGACGACGUCUCUGAUUGCCAGCUGCAUACAGAUCUAGAAGAUCAGCGCCAACUGUCUAAGGUAUUGGGUCUGCACGGUGAAAAUAUGGAAAUGUUAAACCAACCAAAAGAGCAAACAGAUAAAGUCAUUCAGAUGAACGCCGAGGUUGAGGUCGAUGUCUUAAGGGAAGUCUGCUAUCCUAUUACGCUGAAUAUUUUGGGUCUUCCGCAAAAAAACCUGCGCCGUAAAUGUAUUUUUAAACUGUCGUCAGAGUUCGAAUUGUUUAAGCAAGCGCGUCUGCCUAACAAGCGAGAGACGGCAGCAAAGCCGCCAACUGCUGCCAAACCUGCGAUUUUACGGACUGACAAAAAAGGCUCCCCAAACAGUGGACAAAAUACCCGGCUCCCCCGUUAUUUCUUGGGCUUUCGUCGACGUCGGCCCACACUUGAUUCUGGUUUUGAUUUUGACGAGAUGCGAGCCGAAUCAGGGCCUGUUUCAACCAUAGGAGAAGUUAAAAUUGAGGUUGAAGAUCCUACUGAAAACCUAGCGAAUAAAGCACUAAAUGAAACCACAGAAGAUAUUUUGGAAGUGACUGCGAACCCCAGAAUGGAAAGUGGAUUGGGAGAUUCAAUUGUUUCCGAAUUAAACACGACCACUGAACCCACAACAAUGAAUGAAAGUGGAGAUACCACGAAGCUCGAAGUAACUGAAAACUCCGGAGCGGAAAGUGGAUUGGAGGCUACAACAAACGCAGAUAUGGGAAGCGGAUUGGUAACGACAAUAAGCUCUGAAUUGGAACCCACCACUGACCAAAGCGCAACGGACUGUCGUGUUUUAGAUGUUACACAAUUUGACCAUUCAAUGUUAGAAGUCACUACGUUGCUAGACAAAGCUAUACUAAUUGACGAAGCACCUGCAAAGGAUUUGCAUGCUAAUACAACCGCUUUGGACAAUGAGGCACAUGAUUUAGAUGUCGAGCACUUCGAUGAGUCUACGAGAGGCGACUCUCCAAUAGGAUUUGAUUACUCCGAUAACCCCGAUUCCAGCUCUACGAUCCGAGACUGGCAUAGGCGAUUGGCUCCUGCCUUGGAGGCAGCCCAUGAACGGCAGAACUUCAACAUCAAAGACCUUGGCACUGAGAUAUUGGACGUUUGCAAGGCGAGUAAUGGAACAGCCACUUUAGCGGAUGUAAUGACAAACAAGGAUCCAAGUAUCAUGUGUCGCUACAUGCUGGCUUCACUAGUACUGACUAACCACGGUAACGUGUCUUUGAGCUUUGGAAACCGCGAUAAAAGUAAGCCCAUCGAUAUGUCACAGUUUUGUAUGCAGUUAAAGAGUACUGAGCGGAUGGAAAUCCAUCCCGAGGAUGAUGUGGGCAACAUAAACGCAUCCAAAAGCAAACCGGCGGGGAAGACUACAGAACAAAAGAAAGAUGGCGUGACCAACAAACCGGCGCCGGUAAAGACCAAACGAAAGUCUACGGAAAUGGCUUCUCCCGAGGUGUUUGCAAAAACUGUGCGUUUGAUACAGCCCAUCCCAAAGAUAUGUCAGUCCCCCGCCGAUGACGAUUCGGGGAUAUCUUCGAUGGGCUCUUCAUCGGCAUCGACAUCCCGGCUUAAGUAGUAGUAGUCUUGUGAUCCGUCUUGAAUGUGUUGAAUUGCUAUUAUAGCCAUGUAUAGAUUCGUCGCUUCUUAGUCGUAGCUUGUCCAACUUAUGUGCUCCAUAUUCGAAUUAUCUAAAUACUAUAUAAUUUUCAGGCCCAGCGAACAAUGCACUUUUCCCAGCAGUACAGCAAGAUCAAGAGGCUGCGAUAGAUUUAUCCCUUGCCAGACAUCAAAACCAUUUCCCUUUAAAAGUGUA